GGCCCCUCCCGCUGCCGUCCCCGGAAGGCGGCAGAGCCCGGCUCGGCGCGGCCUUUCCCGGCGCGAUGCUGCAGCUCCGGGACCCGGAGGAGGGCGGCCCGGAGGAGGAGGACGAUGCGGGGGCGGCGGCGCUGCUGGUGCCGGGGGGGCCCGAGCCGCCUUUCUCCGCCGCCACCCCCGGCGCGGUGCCCCCGCGGCAGAAGCUGCGGCCGCUGAACGUGCGCACCGCGAGCCGCGCCGGCCGCCUCAAGGAGUACUUCGUGUUCCGGCCCGGCACCAUCGAGCAGGCGGUCAGCGAGAUCCGCGCCGUCGUGAUGCCCACGGAGGACGGGGACGUGGAGAGCGUGUGGCUGCUGACCGAGAUCGACCACUGGAACAACGAGAAGGAGCGCCUCGUGCUCAUCACCGACCGGUCCCUUCUCAUCUGCAAGUACGACUUCGUGGGCCUGCAGUGCCAGCACAUCAGCAGGAUCGUGCUCAACGCGAUUGAUACCAUCUCAGUGGGAGAGUUCGAGUUCCCACCUAGAUCCCUGAACAAGCGAGAAGGAGUCGGUAUCCGCAUCCAGUGGGACAAGCAGAGCCGCGCGUCCUUCAUCAACCGGUGGAACCCAUGGUCCGUCAACGUCCCCUACACCACCUUCACCGAGCACCCGAUGGCAGACGUGGACGAGAAGGUCGCAUCCCUCUGCCUGCUGGAAAACUUCAAGACUCAGCUCAUCCAAGCCGUGAAGAAAGCUCACAAGGAGUGGCCACUGCCAGGGAGAGCCAACGGGGUCCUGGUGCUGGAGCGGCCUCUUCUGAUUGAGACUUACGUGGGACUGAUGUCCUUCAUCAACAACGAGGCCAAGCUCGGCUACUCCAUGACGAGAGGCAAAAUUGGGUUUUAAAACGCAUAGUGUUUGAUCUUGGAAAGGGGAAGCGAUUUUCUGUCAGCCUCCUGGGGAGAGAGCACGCUGUGCGGCAGAAUGUUCGAUGAGCAAAGCUAAGGCACUGCGGGAAGGGAAGGGGCUGGCUGCAGAGCCAGCAGUUCACAGGAGGCCCUGGUUGUUAUGGAGAGGAGGAGAAUGCACAAGGCAGAGUAAGCUGAAGCCGACACACGGUGGUGUCAUGCCUGUAUUUUGUAGCUAACUAACAGCUCUUACCCAGGGCCAGCAAGCAGUGCUGUUUCCUCUUCCAUUUCUAACCACGCACUCUUCUCUGUUAAUUCUGUGCAAUCAGUAUCUGCUACAAACACAAUAUUUGAGAUACUGUGUAGCACGUUCCUGCCCUAUGACAGUUGUACCUCUAAAUCAUGCGGCGUGCUUGGGAUUGAUCUGUAUUGCUUGAAGAGGUGUUAGUGUCUCACAGUUACAGUAAUCUCAGCGUUCUGAUGAAUGACUGACAGCUUCCAAAACUCCUAGCAGGCAUUCUUUAGCAAAAGAGUCAGCAAGUCUUGUUACAGCUGUACUGCUACAUCUGCUCAGACGCAGGGUACGUGAGCUAUUACUUGGUAAAUAUAUUCAGCCACGUGCCUGUUUAUUAGCUUUUUGUUAAAGUAGCUUCUUCUCUCAACUGGAUCUGACUUGCCAUUUCUUACCUUUUUUUGCUGCAGCCAUAAAGACUGGCUUGAGAGAGUAUUGCCAAAAGCAUUGCAGACAUUUGCCUUCAGAGCUGUUAUUUUUAGGAACAGUUUUAUAAGGGGAACCCUACUUGGAUCACAUUUAUAUUCAUAGCAGUUUUCUUAAAUCCACUCUAGUUUGGGGCAGCAGCAGCGGCGGGGCUUCCUACCAGAGACAGAUACAAUGCUUCAAGUUCUAUGUCAAUCUUGAUUUGUACAUCCUUACACUUCACCUCAUGCAAACCUCCAGUGCUGGAUUUCAGAAGCAGGUGAGAGAUACAACAGGCAGAAGUGCUCCUGAGGUUACUGUAACAAGCUUCAGCAUUGUCUGUCAUCUUCUAUACACGUCGUUUUAUGGGAAUAUUUGUCUGCACAGCUACGAUGCUGAAUAAAUACUGUGCUGCAGUUGCAUUUUUUUUUCUUGA